CGACCGCCCAGCGAAGUGUCAGCCUGUAAUAUUUAUUUGACUUAACCUUGGCUAGUAUCCUAAAAAAAUAAAAAGGCUCUUAGCAAAAAGCAUGGUAACUAUUCCCUAAAAGUAAAAGAAAAGCCAGUAUUUAUGUUGGUUACAGGGAUCAGGCCUGUAGUGCCUGAGGCCACCACAUACUGAUAAAAAACAAUAAAUGGAGAACACUUCCCUUCCGUCAUUUCCCCUCUACAAGUAACUGCAUCACAAGUAACAACACCAAUUUAAACCUCGUCCGCAUUUUAAUUUCUUCACGUUGCAUUCGGCACUAGCAACACCUUAACAACAUGGUCAGGCCUCACGAAAUGAUCGACAUGAUAUGGCAGCCUCCCAGCACGCGUGUGGGGAGGGGUCGUCGCAUGCAGAAGCUUGAUAGAACGCUUCCCGAAAACUCAAAGUACUACGGUCAUUGGGGUUACACUAUCUAUCGCACACACUAUAGUCUCGAGUCCGAUAAGCAAUGGGAUACACUACUUGAUGCUUUAAAGAAGCAAACUAUGCUUGCAGUUGGCUACUAUCAAGACGAGCCCUUUGAAGAUGAGCUGAUGCAUCAACGGGCUGAUUUCUUACCAAAAGCCUGGUACUAUAAAAGCCAAAAAGAAUAUUCGGACGACGUUAAACGAAUCAAAGACUUGUUCUAUCUUGACAUUCGUCAGGAUCCAUCACUCGACGGCCUGGGAGUCCACGAGAUCCGCGAAGUGUGCCUUCGUGAUAGGCCGGAGGAAGAAGAAGCCAUGGCAGGGCGUCUUUUUAAUUUCGUUCUUCUUGCCGAUAAAGCAGUAUUUGAAGCUAUGGAAAGGGGCGAAUUUGUAGUCAAGGCAAUCUCGUAUGACUGGCGGGACGGCUGGAACAAUUGGGGCUGGAUGAGAAUACCAACGGGUUACCUGCUUGCCCUUUGGCAGUCGCUUAUGGGAAAGGACGAUAAUUACCAUACGGUACUGUCUUUCAAUGGUCCAGAAGAGGACCUAGAGGAGUACAUAUGGCGUGGUGGCUGGAACGCGGAUCCGACAAACAAAUGCUCCGAAAUACGCAUGGAAAUGCAUUUACUACCGUAACCACCAGUAGCCAGAAAACCCGACCUAGAUUAGAAGGCACUUACUCAAGUCGUCUGUUGAAAAUGCAAUGACUUAUCCUCACUAAAGAUACAAAAAUGACUACCAGAUAUCUCGUUCUCAAUACAUUCUAAC